CGGAUGCUUAGUUCCCUAUGGAUCUUAGUUAGCGAGGAAUAAGAAUUGGGAUACAUUUGAAUGAAAUGGCCAAUCCCACACAAUGAAGUGCUAAAGCUCUUCAUUUAUGAUUUAUGUAGAAUCAUCACGCUUCUGAGUGAAUGAAUAUUAGAUGGUAAAUAAUACAUGAUGGCAGACGGAACUAUGAAAAAAUAUCCUGAAGAUGUGGUCAUUCAUAUACUUUUAAGGCUUCCAGUGAAAUUUCUCUUGCGAUUCAAAUGUGUCUCAAAAACUUUUUCAACACUCAUUAAAUCUUCCAAUUUCAUCAAUCUUCAUUUCAACCACACAACUUUGAUAGAUGAUAACAUUCUCUUGAAGCGCUCCUUCAAAGAAGAUAUUGAAAUAUACAAAGCUAUAUUUUCUUUUCUUUCUAGUGAUGGUGAUGGUUACCUGAAAUCCAUUUACCCAGAUCUAGAUUUGCCAUAUAUAAAAAGUUGUAUUAGUAUUUCAAGUGAUAAACUCAUCGGUCCAAUCCAUGGUUUGAUUGCUCUGAUGGAUCCAAUUACCACCAUCUUGUUCAAUCCAUGUACUAGAAAUUAUAGACUGCUCUCGUCCAGCCCUUUUGAAGUUCCGAAGGGUUUCUCUAUAUCCAUUGAAAGUGGCGGGUUUGGUUUUGAUUCUGUAGUUAACGAUUUCAAAAUUUUUAGAAUUGUUCAAAUUUACACAGAAGAUCGAUACGGAUACGAUGAAGAGGUAGAGAAAAAGGUUGAGGUUUAUGAAUUGGGUAUUGAUAUUUGGAGAGAAUUAGAUCAUGUUGAUCCACAAUUGCCCGGGUUAUUUUGGCUGACUUCUUCGAUAUUUUUUAGGGGAGUCUACCAUUGGAUUACAACUUCAGAAGAACUCGAACCGAUAAUUCUUUGUUUUGAUAUGAGCACCGAAAUUUUUCGCAAUAUGAAACCCCCUGAUACUCGUGAAUUUUCAAAUGGAACACUUCAUAGCCUCGUCCUCUUGACUGGUUCUCUAAGCUUGAUUUGUUACCCCUGUUUGGGGCCCAUGAUUGAUCCAGCAAAAGAUCUGAUAGAAAUUUGGGUAAUGAAAGAUUAUAAUGUUUAUGAGUCUUGGAUUAAUAAAUACACAGUUAGAGGUCUUCCUACUGAAUCCCCAUUAGCAGUAUGGAAAGAUUAUUUAUUGUUUUUUCAAAGCAAAAGUGGAUAUUUGAUGUCGUAUGAUCUUAAUUCCGAUGAAAUCAACGAAUUGACAUUUCACGGUUGUCUGGAAAGUAUGCGAAUUAUAAUUUACAACGAAAGCUUGACUCCAAUUCCAAGAGGAAGCCAAAGUAACUCACAAGUUCAAAACUUUUAGGGAAGGUAUAACUCUCUCAUUUUUAUCUUGAUAUACUAUUUAUUUGUGAAGAUUUCAUUACAUUAUUUAUGCAAAAUGAACACCUUUCGAAAUAUCAUGUCGUUUUGUUAGAAAUUUUGUAAGAUGGAGC